AAUAGUAAGUGCUGUUUGGUGGAACUUAAAUCAACCUUGUUGUCAGUUUAUAAUAUUGUGCAAUUAAACACGAGUGUUUCGAAGACGCGGGGAGUGAACCAUUAUCACACUAUGGCAACCCUGGAACAGUGCGGACAACUGACGGAUUGUGACGGCGAUCAAUGUAUCGAACUGCACGACUGUGCAGAUCCUGGUCUUCCAUAUUCUGCCAAAUUUUGGCUUGGUGAUUUGACCUGGAAACUGCAUGGCCAAGAAUGUUUGGUUACGAUCGGAACAGGCUACGUGGCUCUUGUUUCCAUAGAUCGGAAUGAUGAAUUGAACAGAUCCCGUGAUUUCAAUGUGGCACGAAACAUUCUCCUACGAAAUGUAAAGAUAGAGCAUAUUUUGUUAGACCAAAUGAAGGACGAUGUGAUUGAACUUGAGAGUUCUAUUAAAAUGCAAUUGCUCGAGCUGGGAACGGAAGCCGCAAGAAACCCUGCCAACGCCAAAUGUUUGUUGGAUCUUUUGAGAAUAGCCCAGAGUCAUUUUGUGAUCGAUUCCCAAUUCUGCAAGGAUUUGUGCUCAAGCAAGCUGAUCAACAGAAGCCAUUUGAAAGUGUCUUGUGUAAAAUAUGUCGUAAUUAGAAACGCGAUGAAAUGCCGAUGCACUCUGCUACUAGAAAACAUUUCAGACAAAGAAUGGAAUGAUGGUUCCAAUUUUUUUCGUGCCUAUUUGCAAAAAUCACUUCUGCGACACAAAAAAGCAAUAAUGGAAAAUAGUACCCCACGGAUUAAAAGCAUGAUAAAGAAACUGAAACCCCAACGCAGCAUUCUGCUCAGUUCAAUAGAUAUUGGAAUUUUAUGUGACUUGGAACACAUUCUGCAUCAUGCCAAUUUUGAAUCAGUUAUGUCCGCAAUAUUGAAUAAUUUCGUCAACAGACUCGAUGCCAUCAAAUUUGCAGAUUUUUUCUUUUCGCUUCCAUUAGCAAAUGUUGUUUAUGUACAAGUAAUUAGAAGCUUGUGUGAGGUGAUUUCUAGUUUUGAACAAACAUUUGACGUAAAACAUGUUCUGCGUUAUUGUAAAAAUCAAUGGAUAGUGGUCAAAAAGCCCAACGUAAUCAAUUCUUCGACGCAAAGAUGUUUCGAAAUGCAGCUCAACAUGCUUGCCAAUUUGGCGAAUCAUUUCGAGCCUGGAAAGGCUACAGCCUGGAAAAAAUAUCCUUACACAUUUCGGAUUAAGCUAUUGGAGCCUACGGAUAUUCUGCGAUGUGAGCAGCACGCGUGGCUCUGUCUGGCUGAUGCCACCACGUUCAACAUUUUUGAAAAAGAUUUAGAACGGCUGGAACUGUAUUCGGAUGUUUUGAAAACUCUGCAUGAGUGUUGGGUGUCUGAAGAUUUACAUUAUGAUCAAUUGGAAUUGAGUCGCAAGAUAACUCAUAACCUGCUGGAAUUUGUGGCACUAGUGGAACAUGAGCUGAAUGUAAAACAAGUCAAAUUACACGAAGAAGUAUUUCGAAAGCAGUCAAAUAUCCUACGCAGCUUGCCUAAUCAGCAGAAAGCAUUAAAUUUGCUUUGUCAACGCAUCGCGGUCUUCAAAAAUAAUUGGGAAUUGGUGUUGCUGUCAAGCUUAUCCAAUUUAUUCAAAGGAAACUAUUUAAACCCUCUAAUGGAUGAGGUCAAAGGUAUGUCAAUGGAGCUAAUAUACCAUGCGCUCGAUAAAGAAAUAAACCCCGAAAGCAUUGUCGACUUUUUAGCAGUGUGCAACAACUUUCUUGCGGGGCUGGAUGGUUUCCCUUUCGAAUGGUACUUGCGCUUUGCUAAUGAGAGAAUGAAAAAUGUUCUAUUGGAAGCUAAAAUUAUAACAAGCACCAACACGCAAUUAAGUAGAACAAAAUACGAGUCCUUCAAAGUUUCGAAACACUACUACAAGACUUUUACAGAGCUGUGUUCUAUGGAAGAAAUUUCAAAACAUUUUCAAAUGGAUGUCGUUAGAGUUCUGCUGAAAUACACAAUCGUCCUAAUGCAAAAACGAAGAUGGAGCAACGGAGACAAACUUUUGUCCAAUCAUGAUCAGAUAAUUACUGCAACACUGAUGCUGAAUGUCUUUAGGGAUGCAUUCGUUUUUCUCAAGAAGCAACCAAAUUACUUAAACUUUGAUAUAUUUUACGAAGAGUUCAUCAAACCGUUCCGCGACGCAGUUGAGAAAUCUAACUCCUUGGAACAUUUUACCAAACGAGUAGAAGAGAUAGGCAAAUACUUGGAAGAUAUCCAUCGAGAGAACGCAAUUCUUAUUGAAAAUCGUUUAAUUCCACUCCAAGUCAAGUCACCUCUAAAGCACUGCAAAAAGUUGAUGGACGCUGACCGGGAUCAGUAUGUCGAACUACAUGGAUCCGACUCCGUAGGACUUCCGUAUUCUGCAAAAUUUCGCUUCAGGAACUCAUACUGGAAGCUGCACGGCGCAGAAUGUUUGAUCACUGUUGGUCCAAACUAUGUGGCAAAAGCGCGUAUAAAAUGCACCGUCGGACUUAACGAAAGCAGUGACUUUCAUAGUGCUCGGCAGAUACUUUUGAGAAAUAUUGAGAUCGAGGAGGUGCUGAAGCCGCAAAAUUGGGCCAAUUUCCUUAGCACACAAUGGCGAAAAAUGUCGGUUCAACGUUGGACCAGUACUGGAACGCCAAACUGGCUGGAUUUAAUUCGGCUUUUCAAUACAUGGACAUCCAAUCAAAAGAAACCUAAUAAUAGGCCUUAUUCUGAAGCAUCGGACAAUUUUCGAAUUAAGCAACAAAGUUUAAACCCACGAACUAUGGAGGCAUUGCGUGCGAAAAUGUAUGGAUGGACUCUUAUGCACCGAGGUCAGCUUACAGACGGCAACGCGAAACAGUAUAUAAAGCAUCGAAAACCCAAUUCCAGUGGAAUUCCGUAUUCAGCCGUUAUUGACCACGACGGCUCCACCUGGCGGCUGCAUGGCCGAGAAUGCCUAAUCACAAACGGAUCCAGCUUUGUAGCACAAGUCUCUAUGCAGUCAAUUGCAGAGCUCAACAAUGAAUCCAAUUUCAACUCUGCAAAGAUGAUACUUUUGAAGGAAAUGAAAAUAGACAAAGUAUUGCUGGACGAACUGCAGAAGAGGACUGCGAACGCACUGGAGUCCUUCCGAUCUGAGCUGUUCCGUUUGGGGACUGAAAGUGCUACAAAUGUUAACUCUGGAAGAUGCUUAUUGGAGCUGUGGAGAAUUUCAGAGUUGCACCAGAACCGAAUGACGGAAGCCUUUGCUGGAGAUGUUGUUUCAAAUGCUUUUGUUAAAAGUGAAAAGUUGAAGUUAGCUAUCAAUGAUUAUGUUGGGAGUUCUUCUAAACUGGAAAAAAGAAGUUUGUUUCAGAGAGGAUGGAAAGCUUUCAAAAAAAUAAUUCAAAAUAAUGAAUGCUUCAAAGAUAUUUUGGGACAGGUGUACAUGAAGUAUAAAUCGUAUCUCUUAAAUUUGUGCUCUGUUCCAAUUGGAAGUAAACUUUGCAAUUUAGAGCUGUGUUGCUUCAUGAUGUUGAGAGAAGACGAUGUUAAACUUUUCAAUGACUUAGAAUGUUCCUUGAAAGAUACUGUCAUAAGCGUCGCUCUCCCACAAAUUCUGGAUAGAUUUGUUGAAAGAAUAAACGCACUGAAACAUAACGAUUAUUGUAAUUCGUUGCCUUUAGUUAAUGGAGUCUAUUUUUCAAUAUGUAAAGGCAUGGUGGAAAUUGAAAAUCGCCUAAUAUCGGAACAUCCUGGAAUUGUAAGCGUUAUUGACUAUAAGAAUGGCCAAUGGACUAUGACGUUCCCAGCUAAGAAUCAAAUGAAAUCGAUACUUUCUAAGUGUUUUGAAAAGCAGUUGGAGAUGCUCAUGAAACUGGCAAAUCACUUUGAGCCUGGAAAGCCGACUGUGAGACUAAACUAUCCAUACGACAUGCAAAUCGAGCUUCUUAAACCGGCAGAGAGCUCAUGUAGUGAACAUCUUAUCUGGCUCUAUGUGGCAGAUUUCACGAUGGUGUAUAUUUUCCAGAAAGACUUGCAUCGCAUAAAUGAAUAUUCCUCUGUAGCGGAAAUGUUGAAGAGCUGCUUGUCUUCUGAAGACUUGCGUUCGGAAUCGCUUGAAUCGAUACGCACCCUGACACAUAAUACGUUGGAGUUAGUCGCUCAAAUAGAGCAAUCGGGAUACGGUCUCAAUGAAAUGAAUAAAAUGUUCCUAGACAGACAGAUAUGCUUCAUGCGUCAAUCAUUUCUCGGCGACCGCAUAGCUUUCACACAAUAUCGAGCAGUUACAGAUGUAUUUAAAGAUUUCUGGGAGAGAUUCAAUGAUAUUCUUCCUACGAUACCCAGCCUGGAUCAACAGAAUCAUGAAAUUAAGCCCAAACUCAUGGAACUCAUAUCACACGUUUUGAACAAAACAAUACAUUCGGAUGGCAUAACAAAAUUCUUCAGGUCGUUCAACGACUUUCUUAUGGAUUUGAAAGAGCUUAACUUUGAGUGGUAUGUGCGGAUUCGUGAUGAGGCCAUCAAGAAUUCUCUACUCGAGCAAAACGUAAUAACAAAAGUUAAAAACAGCUUGAGGGGAUCUUUUAAUGAAUGCUAUCAGGUUUCAAAACAAACGUCCGAAUUUUUUGUAAAGAUUUGUGCUCGAAUAGGAGUACCUAAGCAUUAUCAAAUAGAGAUUGUGUGCGAGUUUCUCGAAUACAUGAUUGGUCUUAUACGAAAAUCCCAAUGGAAGAAUGAUCGUGUGCUAACUGAAGAGGACCAGCUGAAUGCGACGGUUCUGCUGAUAAAUGCAAUUAGGAGCUCGCUAAUGUACCUCAAGGAGCAGCCACUUUACGUUGAUUUUGACAAAUUUUUCGAAGAAACUGUCAAACCUUUUUGCAGUGUUAUUGAAGACAGUGACUCGAUGGAAAACUUUACCAAAAGAGUGUCACUGAUUAAAGACUCGUUCUGGUACAUCCGUAACCAGAAUUCUAUUGGAAUCGAUAUGGCUCUAGAGUUGUGCAGCCGCGAUAACGACGAUUUUAACGAAUCAAUUUUAAAGUCAUGUUUCGAACUAUAUAAUGAUCAGUUCGAGAUAUACUUGCUUGGAAAUAGUGAGCUGGACAGCGAUAAAAGAAUUCUAAGUAUCGUUCAUGCCGUUCACGAAAAGGUCCACCCUACGUUCUCCUCCACAUGGACCGAAGAAUUGAAGCAGACGACUAUUCCGAAAAUUCUUGCCGGCUUGGGAGCUGUGUGGUCCAUCAUGGUUUCGAUGGAUGUCGCUUACUCAGGAAACUAUUUGAAACCGCAUCCGAUCCAAAUACUCAGUGUUCUGAGACUGCUGUGCGUUGACGACAAGACCACCGGCGUUGACAAGCACCUGGCACAAAUUUUGACUGGCCAGGGUAAAUCACUCACUCUUGGUCUAGUGGCGGCGAUACUCGCCUUGUAUGGCCAUAAAGUAGAUGUUGUCUGUUACAGCAAAUAUUUAACCGAACGAGAUUCGGAUGAUUUCUGUGGUUUCUUCAAAAAGUUCUCUAUCAAAUCGAAGAUAUCCUACAAAACAAUCGAUGACGUGGUAUGUGAUCAAAUACGCACUCUUAGUGGUAGAUCAGAACAAUAUAUCAGAAAAUGCAUCGGACUUCCAUACAGUAAAUAUAGUACAAAUGAGGAUGAUUUAACUGACUCAGUACUCCUGAUUGACGAGGUCGAUGUUUUCUUCAUAGACACAUUUUAUGGCAAUACUUCUGACUAUGGUAAAACGCUGAACAUUAAAGGACUAGGUCAUAUUCAACAAAUGAUUUGGGAGUUGGUUCAAUGCUAUCCUAAUGACGUUGAGAACAGAGUCAGACAAUUCAUAGACUCAUCAUACACUUCAGACAUUGUUGAGUUUAGAUCACUCAUGUAUCGGAAUGGGUCUUACUUUUUGUAUGAUCAUGACAAAGCAUCAAGUAAUAUGUACACGAACGAAUCAUUGUUUCUUAAACACUUACGGAGUAUGAUAAGCUUUGCGCAGAAUGUCCAUAAUCGAACAAUAGAUGAUAUUUUUUUUUGUAAUUUCAGAAUUGAUGAUUCUGGGAAAAUAGAAACAACUGACAAUCUUGGCCAAUUCAGUCAUUGCUUACGUGGGUAUUUCAAUACAUUUGUUUAUUUCAAGCUACGUAAAACCGCUUUCAUUGAAAAGGUGGGAGCUUCGUUGAACUUCGGUUACUUGAUAUUAGAUUCUGCUUCUUUUUCGUACUCUAAGUUACCGGAAAGUUAUCCCCUAAUAUUGGGUGUCACCGGUACGCUUACAGGUCUUAGCCCUUAUGAGAAAAAUGCCAUCGAAAAUAACUACAAUAUAAAGCGUCGGUCGAUAAUGCCUUCGUACUUCGGCGGCACAAAUCUGAUAUUCUCGCAAACCGAAAAUUUCCAAUGUCUUCUGGACGAAAGCAGCUGGCGAAGAAUGAUAUUCACUCGAGUGAAUUCCAUCAUCAAUGCCAACAGAUCGGUAAUUGUAUUUUUCGAAGACGAAAUCGAGAUCAACCGGUUCACGCGGCUCUUUGAGAACCAACUUGAUCGAUUGCACAAAAUUACGAUCAACACUGACCCCGGAAUCAGAGAACGGUACAUCGCCGAGGCUGGUCUAACCCGGACGGUUACCUUAGGAUCGCGGGCCAUGGGUCGUGGAGUGGAUUAUAAAUCGUCACUUCUAGUGGAAAAAAAUGGCGGCAUUCACGUAAUACAGACGUUCUUUUCGCUGGACGACAAGGAGGAAACGCAAAUUAAAGGACGUACCGCUCGAAAAGAUCAUCUGGGGAGUUACGAAUUAAUCGUUUGUCAAUCGCAUCUUAAGAAAAUUAAUUUGAUUAAUAGUAAUAUGCAUCUCAAUGAAAUCAAUUAUACAUAUUUGAAAGCAUCCAGGGUGCGAAAUACUUCAACAGCUUCUGAAGGUAAGAAAAGGAAACUACAAGAAUCCAAUAGAAAACAUGCGGAAUCGAUAAGAUUUUAUCAGAAUAUCUGAUUUGAACUGCUUGCUCAGAACGAUAUAUGAUAUAUGAUGUUUGACGAAAUUAAUUCCAUUUAGCUAUAAUAUCUUUCAUAACUUGAUUUAUCAAUAUGAUAUACACAUGAUUAAUAAAGAGACGA